GUCAUCAGCUUCAUGACACAUUAAUUAGACUCAUGUUCUAAUCACUCGAAAACAAGAGAGAGCAUUUGUGUCUCACUGCAACCUCAAAAUAUUUCCUCACCCGGUCUCUCUGGCACUUCUGCCUGUAGCGCAAGCCACACAGCGCAGCCAUGGCCGGCGACGAUCAGCGGGCGCUACAGUAUGAACAAACUUUGAUGUAUGGUCGAUACACCCAGGAGCUGGGGGUGUAUGCUAAAGAAGAGGCAGCUCGCAUGAGGGAGGAGGGGCGGAGGCGCUCGGUCACAGAACGCUCACGCUCCCUGGAACUCCUGGAGUACAACAAGGGCCGCUGUGCUAAGUGUCGCCUCUGUACGGUGCGCUGUCAGAAGUUCCUCAUCUCUCGUGUUGGUGAAGACUGGAUCUUCCUCAUCCUCCUGGGUCUACUCAUGGCUCUGGUCAGCUGGGUGGUCGACUUCGCUAUCGCCAUCUGUCUACAAGCACAGAAGUGGAUGUAUGGAGGCCUGGAGAGUAAUGUGUUUCUCCAGUACCUGGCCUGGGUCACCUACCCUGUGGUGCUUAUAACCUUCUCAGCUGGCUUCACACAGAUACUGGCCCCACAGGCCGUAGGUUCAGGUAUCCCAGAGAUGAAGACCAUUCUGAGGGGUGUAGUGCUGAAAGAAUACCUCACCUUUAAAACGUUUGUGGCCAAGGUUAUCGGCCUCACCUGUGCCCUGGGCAGUGGCAUGCCUCUGGGAAAGGAGGGUCCAUUUGUUCACAUUGCCAGUCUGUGUGCUGCACUCCUCAGCAAAUUCAUGUCACUGUUUGGUGGAAUCUACGAGAAUGAGUCGAGGAACAUUGAGAUGUUGGCAGCUGCCUGUGCUGUGGGGGUCGGCUGCUGUUUCGCUGCCCCUAUAGGAGGUGUGCUGUUCAGUAUUGAGGUAACGUCUACGUUCUUUGCGGUGAGGAAUUACUGGAGAGGGUUCUUCGCUGCUACCUUCAGUGCCUUCAUCUUCAGAGUCCUGGCCGUGUGGAAUAAAGACGAGGAGACCAUCACAGCUCUGUUUAAAACCCGUUUCCGUCUGGACUUCCCCUUUGACCUCCAGGAGCUCCCAGCCUUUGCUGUCAUUGGUAUUGCCAGUGGUUUUGGCGGGGCGUUGUUUGUCUACCUGAACAGACUGAUAGUCCAGUUCAUCAGGAAACAGAAGACCAUCAACAAGUUCCUCAUGAAGAAGCGUCUGCUGUACCCAGCCCUGGUCACUCUGCUGGUGUCUACGCUAACCUUUCCCCCGCUCGGACAGUUCAUGGCAGGCAAGCUGACCCAGAAGGAGUCCCUGGUGACGUUGCUAGACAACCGGACAUGGGCCAAGCAGGGCAUUGCCGAGGAGUUUGACUACAUCGGCAACUCCCAGGCCUGGAAUCACCCCCAGGUCAAUGUCUUUGUCACCCUCGUCCUCUUCAUCGUAAUGAAGUUCUGGAUGUCUGCUCUGGCCACCACCAUCCCUGUGCCCUGUGGAGCCUUCAUGCCCGUCUUCGUCAUUGGGGCAGCAUUUGGCCGUCUGGUCGGGGAGAGCAUGGCCGCCUGGUUCCCUGAUGGCAUCCACUCUGAUGGCACCAUCUACCCCAUAGUGCCAGGAGGGUACGCCGUUGUGGGUGCGGCGGCCCUGUCUGGAGCGGUGACCCACACAGUGUCGACGGCGGUCAUUGUGUUUGAGCUGACGGGUCAGAUCAGCCACAUCCUGCCGGUGAUGAUAGCGGUGAUACUGGCCAACGCCGUGGCCCAGUCCCUCCAGCCCUCGCUAUAUGACUCCAUCAUCAGGAUCAAGAAACUACCCUACCUCCCAGAGCUGGGCUGGGGACACCACGAGAAGUAUAAUAUUCGUGUGGAGGACAUCAUGAUCAGGGAUGUGACCUACAUCACCCUCAACUGCUGCUAUAGAGACCUGCAUGAUGUACUGCUGGCUGGACACCUCAAGACCCUGGCCCUGCUCGAGUCCAGUGAGUCGAUGAUCCUGCUGGGUUCUAUUGAGCGUGCCCAGCUCCAGGCCCUCCUGUCCCUACAGCUGGGCCGGCCACGGAGGCUGGAGUACCUGAGAGACCGGGCUACUGCUGAGAAGAAGCGCCUGUCGAUGGUCUCCCACCCGGGCAGCGAGGAAGGCUCCCAGAGGGUUAACCAGGAGGUCCGGUUCCAGAUCUCCACAGAGGAGUCUUCCUUCAGUCCCACCCCUACCCCCUCCAUGAAGCCACUGAAGCCUGCCCUGAAGAGACCCUCUGUGGUGGACCGCCCUACUGAGAUACCCAUGCCCACAAGUCCACAGGACCACUCUAGCAGCGCCUUAAAGAACCUCUUCUGUGUCAACCCUGAGACAGAAGGCCUGGAGAACAAGAAUGUCAACAUCAACAUAGAGGGCACUGCAUCGAGCUCUGCGACUCCUGAGUUUAGGAGGCCACCCAAGCGUGUCAGGAUUUCCGUCGUGGAUGACUUCGACGUGGAUGAUGACAUGACCAUCAGAGAGAUUGCAGAGUGGGAGGAGAACCAGCUUGACGAGCAGGUGAACUUUGACAACUGCAAGAUCGACCCCGCCCCCUUCCAACUGGUGGAGCGCACCUCACUACAUAAGACCCACACCAUCUUUUCUCUGCUUGGGUUGGACCAUGCCUAUGUCACCAGCAUCGGACGACUCAUCGGAGUGGUCUCCCUGAAAGAGCUGCGGAAGGCCAUCGAGGGUUCUGUGGCGGUGAAGGGGGUGAAGGUGCGCCCCCCUCUGUCCAGUUUCCGGGACAGCGGCACCAGCGGCACCAGCAGCAGCAAUAGCGAGAACGAAGCCACAGAGCUCCACAAGCUGUGGGACCGCCACAAGUCCAUGUCCCUCCCCCGGGAGCACCUGGCCUCUGACUCUGAUGAGAAGUCCCAGUGAGGGGGAUGGGGACAGGGGGACGUUGACAGGUGUAUGGGGACAGGUGGAUGAGGAUGGGGAUGGGUGUGUUGGCGAGGAGGGUGGAGGAGUAGGAGGAGCGUAGACGCCCCCGCCUCAAAAAAAACAACCGUUGCUGCAACCUCAGGGCUUGGAUCAAUAUUUAAUUCUGGAAUAUAGAGUUAUCUCCUCCUCCUCUUUCUCCUCUCCUAACCUUCCUCUCCAUCCCUCUCUCCUUUACCCCUCCUCCCGGUGGGCCUUUGGGCCCUGCACUUACUCAACUCUUAAGGUGGAGGGAUGGACUCACCCUGCUCUCACCCCAACCAGAACAGAAGAGAUCUGGGUGUUAGGGAGGGGAGAGGCGAGAUGGGUUAAGGUAUCACUGCUUAACAAAGGUGGUCAGAACAAAAUGUAUAGAAUGUUGUUUGACUAUAAAAGGGAUAGCAUUUUUUUUUUUUUGCUGACUUGGGUAUUGGUGAGGAAAUAUUCAAAGUUUGUUUGCAUUUUGUGGACCUGUAAACGUUUCUUUCUGACCAGUCUUCCAUAUGCAGACGGUUCAACGGUGAUAAGAGGAUAGGCUUGUGUACCGGUAUGGAUGUUAGUGUGAGUGUAUGUAUUGAGUGCAUGGACGUAUUGGUUUGUCUGUAUUUAGACAAAGGCGGUAGCGAAACCAACCUUCUGCUUUUCUUACUUUGUGAUUUUAAUCUUAUCAGACACAUUUCAGUCUUAUCAUUCCUGCUCUGUUCUAUUUUGUUCCCAUCUGGUUUAGUGACCUGGAACUGUAAAUACGUAUGGAAGGAAGCCUAGUGGUUAGAGCAUUGGCCCAGUAACCAAAAGGUUGCUGGUUUGAAUACCCGAGCCGACAAGG